AUGAUCAGUUCAAAGAGGCUCAUCAAGCUGGCCAAAAGAUGGAAGAAAUUUGCUGCCAUCCGAAGAAAGAGGACUUCAUUUCCAAGACUAAACGAUGGCACGGAUAGCUGGAGUACUUCGUUUGCAGUUAACAAGGGUCAUUUUGUUAUCUACACAACUGAUCAGAAGCGGUUUGUUGUCCCUCUAACUUAUAUCGAGAAUGAGAUUAUUAGGCAACUCUUGAACUUGUCUAAAGAAGAAUUUGGACUUCCAAGCGAUGGGCCUAUUACCCAGCCUUGUGAUGCAGUCUUCAUGGACUACAUCGUUUCACUUCUUACACGAGGUUUAUCCCAAGAAAUCGAGAAUGCAUUGCUAGUCUCAGUUACUUCACAUCGGUGUUCAUCAGCUCCACUACACCAUGAAGGGUGGAGAAAUCAGGAAUUGCUAGUUUGCUGA